AUGAACGAUAUUUAUGAACUGAAACCCCCGUUUUACGUUUUUGUAGCCAUUCUCUAUCCUAGGGCGCAGGCUCCCAGAAAAAAUUCAGAAAACUUCAAGGUUUGCUUGCAAAUCGGCUGGCGUUUUGUUACAUUUAUUUGUAAAUUUGUAAAUAGCCCUGUCAACUCCUGGAAAACCCGCAGAAACCCCGGAUAUCUCUCGACCAAUGUUGAGCAUCGAAUUUACAUUCUCAAGAUUUUGAACUUCUUUUUGAAAUUUGCAUAAUCAAAGUUUGGAAUCGUGGGAGCUUCGAAUUUUCAGAGCUCCCAGAGAGCGGCCACACAUCUCAACCUAGAAUAAAAAUGACCCCCAAAUGAGCAAAAAUUCGAUUUUUAUGCAAAUUUUCCGAUAAGAAGAUGGAAAUCUAAAUUGGUCCCUUCAUUCUUUUCACCGAGGGCGAAUUCGGUGCAUUCUACGAAUACGAGUACAAGGGGACGUCGUACUGGUACAAGUUGGAGGCAAACCUAGGUCCCAAAUACAAGCAACCGCUCGCCUGCGAGAGCGGCGUCUACCAGCUAUUGGAGCAAAUUCCGAAGCUCCCAGACAAACCGUAAGUUGAAUGGGGACCAAACAAAAUUUUGAGAAAUACAUGGUGGGCCACUAAAACCUUCCGUCCUCUUUUUUUAGAUUUCUCCGCUGAGACUCCGCCGAUUUUCAUGAAAUUUAGAUUUUUCUCGAGCUGAGAUGCGCCAUUUUCAACCGGUUGAAUUUGAAACAAAAUUAUCCUGAAUUGACCUUUCUAUGCCUUCCCAAAGUUUUUGAAAGUUAUUUUCGAGCCGAAACCGCUAAAACAUGGAAAAUUUUUGGAAUGAUUUUCAAUUGCCUUUCUCGGACUUGGAAAAUUUCUGGCUUUUUUGGUAAAAUCGUGGAGUAAAAAGUUUUGAGAUUUGUUUUUUACAACUAUAUUUUAACAUUAUUUGAGGUGAAACGCAGAUGAUUUCACCCUAAAACCCGAAAAAUUGACCAAGUUUUCAAAAUCAUUCCAAAAAUUUUCUAAGUUUUAGCGGUUUCGGCUCGAAAAUAAUUUUCAAAAACUUUGGAAAAGCAUAGAAAGGUCAAUUCAGGAUAUUUUUUUUUCAAAUUCAACCGAUUGAAAAUGGCGCAUCUCAGCUCCAGAAAAAUCUAAAUUUCAUGAAAAUCGGCGGAGUCUCCGCGGAGAAAUCUAAAAAAAAAUGACGGAAGGUUUUAGUGGCCCACCCUGUACAGUGAAGGGCCUGAUCCAAUGGCAAAAAACGUCCCAUUUUGCAUCCAGGAACGAACCAAAUUAUCUCCAAAUACCUCCCUUCUAUGCGCGCCCUUCAAAACGGAGUUUUUCAGCUUAUAGAAGGGAGGUAUUUGGAGACAAUUUGGUUCCUUCCUGGAUGCAAAAUGGGACGUUUUUUGCCAUUGGAUCAGGUCCCUCACUGGAAAAAAAUUGUAAAAAAACUUUUAAUCCGUUUGUUUCAGCGAUUUCUAGAUUGGCAGUAUGCUCAGCUGCUGUCAAUUCUCCGAAGGCGUCUACUGCAUGCGCGUCGAAAAGUAUGGCCCAAACGUCCGCGAUUUGCGAAAAGGACAACCAAGUACGGGAUUUGCCAUCGGUAAUCAAGGAAAGUGCCUUCUACGUCAAGAAAGACCGAGAUACGUAUCGGGUGAGUUGAGUUUGUAUUUUUGCUGGUUUAGUAUUAAAAUUUUUUUACUUUUUCACCUUUCGGGCCGGCGUUCUCGGAGGAUAGGUUACCCCUAACAAAUAGGUUACCCCUAACAAAUAGGUUACCCCACCGGAUAUGUUACCCCAAGUUUCGGGUAGGUAACCUCGGAGGAUAGGUUACCCCACGGAUAGGUUACCUCGGAGGAUAGGUUACCCCGAGGAUAGGUUACCUCGUAGGAUAGGUUACCCCGAGGAUAGGUUACCUCGGAGGAUAGGUUACCCCGAAGAUAGGUUACCUGAAAUUUUUUUUUAAAAUGUUUUCGCUUCGGGACUUGGAACAAAAGGAUGUUUUGUAAAAUUUGAAUAAAAUUUGAAAUGUUUUUGAGCUGACUGAGUAUGAACUGACUGAAUAUGAAAACUGGGUUUCUGUUACUUUACUACCUUUAGGGAUUCUUUUUGAAAUUUUUUCGACUUAUAACACUUAUAGACGUUAAUGGUGUUGUUUUGGUGCCUAGUACUGCUUAAAAAACACAUUUUUAACACUUGGUACUAAAUAGUACUACCUGGUACUAUUUAGUACGAGGUGCAAAUUUGGCCGUAAGGCGGUAAUGCCGUUGGUUUGGUGCUUAGUAGAACCCAAAAACACGUUUUAACACUUGGUACUGUAUAGUACCAACUGGUACUGUUUAGUGAGAAGUGAAAAUUUGGCCGUAAGGCAGUAAUGGUGAUGGUGUGGUGCUUAGUAGAGCCCAAAAACACGUGGUACUAUAUAGUACCAGGUGGCCAUUGGUUUUAGACAAAAUUUUAGUGCUGGCGGCACCAUAGUUAAUAGUCAGUCAGACACCCUUUUUCUACUCCCGAUGCGAAAAGAUUUCAAAAUUUUGUUGAAUUUUCCAAAAAAUUCUUUUUUUUCCCAGUCCCGAAGCGAAAACAUUUCAAAUUUUUUUCAAAUUUCACAAAAAAUCCUUUUUUUUCAAGUCCCGGAGCGAAAACAUUUCAAAUUUUAUUCAAAUUUCACAAAAAAUCCUUUUUUUCAAGUCCCGAAGCGAAAACAUUUCAAAUUUUAUUCAAAUUUCACAAAAAUUUUUCUUGCAGUUUGUCAUUACUGACCUCGGAUAUGCAAUCAGAAUCGGCUCGGAACGCUCGGCCUUCUACCCAAUCCCCGAAACGGCAACCACUCACAUCCACGCGAAGAAAGCGUUGAAGUCGGAGGACACGGAGAGCCUGCUCUUCAUGAUUCUGGGAAUGAUGGCUCCACUGCCUUGGGCGGGAAUCAAGAACAUUGAGGAGGUUAGGAAGAUCAAGUUGGAGUGUACCGAAGAAGACUCGAUUCCCGACGAGUUCAACACCAAAGACGCUGUGACUUUGUGUCACAUGAGGGGUCUCUACACGGACGACUUGGCGCUGGAAAACGUGGCCGAGAUGUUGAUCCUUUACUAUCUCGCGGUAUGUGGAAUUUAUUUUUUUACCUGCGAAUUGGUUUUUAAGCGCAUUUUAUAUUUUGAAAAACUUUCAGGUCGAACCAACCGACGACCUCCACCUUCCCGUCCGUUUUCCAAAUGCCGAGUUCAAGUUGGCGGGCACGUUCAAGUCGUAUGACUAG